AUGUAUCCCAAGCCUCAUUCUGAUGACUGGGUCAACCAAAAGGGUCUCCCCCUUGCUCAUCGUAUGAUCAAGCUUUUCCACGUCUUGCCUCCGGCGGCCGAUGAAGUCAAGCAGACAAAGUUGACUGAUCGUAUGAUCGUGUUCAAGGAAUGGAACCAGGCCCUUUUCCUGUAUCCAUUUGCUCUUUUGCCAUUCGCUGUCCGCUACUUCUACUAUCACUAUGUGUCAACGGAGAUGCCGUCUUAUAUGACCAUGUGGAUCAUUAUGACUGUUUACACCCUAAACUUUGGUCUCUACUGGGUGCACUUCUUGAAGCAUCUGUCUCGCAAGUACGGCUACUUCAACGGUGCACACGGUCGAGACACGAUUCCUUUCUCGGAGGCCCACAAGGUGCUCUUCGAGGUUCUUUCGGGUCUGACCAUUCGCCCUGGUCUUGUUGUGAUGUGUGCGUACGACCCGAAGACUCCUCCGUCGCUGUCUCUAUGGUUCCCUCUUCAACUGUUCGUAUUCACAUUGGUGGAAGACUUUUUCUACUACUGGGCUCACCGUAUUUGCCAUGAGAGUGAAUUUUCGUGGAAGCUCCAUCGCCAACACCACACUACCAAAUACCCGACUAUGUUGCUGCUUGGCUACGCUGGUGAACUUCAGGAAGUGUUUGACAUCUUUGGUGCUCCUUUCCUGACCUAUCUUACUUUCCCCAUCUCCUUUGAUGUCUUUAUCAUCUGGAUGCUCAUUCAUGUCUCUAUCCAAAUCCACGGUCACAGUGGUGUGCGUCUGCAUCACGGUACUGUCUUGACUGGCCCCUUCUUGGUCCCCCUGGGUCUGGAACUCGUGUCGGAGGACCAUGACCUACACCACCGUCAUGGCUGGCGUGAGUCGUACAACUAUGGCAAGCAGAGUGGUGUCUGGGACACACUGUUUGGAACGAAAGGUGACCGUAUUGAGGGGUACUCUGAAAACCUCGACUGGAACCAAUUUGUGUACUAA